AUGGAAUUUUCAACAGCUAGCAGCACAUCUGUAACCGCCAGCAAUACGCCUACGGCUGCAGCUGCCGCCGGCCCCAGUAGAGUCUCUGGUGCGGUCAUUGGAGGUGCUGUUGGAGGCUCACUCGCUUUCCUGAUUAUCAUGGCAGCCGUUGUGCUCUCUUUAUGCUACCGGCGGCGCAACCAGAAGAAAAACAGUGUCGAGAUGGAAGAAGCGGACAACUCGGUGAUACCAAAGGCGGAACUGGCAUCGCCUACAACAUCCACAGGGUUCUCGUCACCUCUGACAUACACUUGGGGCAACUCGCAACAGAAAUGGGAAUACUAUCAAAAUGACCCUCAGGAAAUGAUAGGGGAUACAACAAGAUCUGAGCUUUACUCGCAACCUACCGAUGGGUUCGCCGAGCUCCAUGGAGGUUCGGCGGCUGGAGAGCUUGAGUCGCCAGAAAACACUCCAAAAGCAGUACAGGGAGAAUUCGCUCACGAUACGUCGAAGCAGCAAGCGCAUGGCUUGGGUGUCACUGUUGAUGAGAGAGCGUCAGCGUGGUUGAAUGCGCGAACGUAG